CAACAACAACAACAAAAACUCCAGCGACAAUAACAUCAACCACAACACCAAUAAAAACAACAACGACAAUAACAACAUAGUGCAACGCGUGCAACGACAUAUCAAUUAAUUUUAUUCAAACAAAAUUUCCGAAAACAAGUAACAAACGAAAAAAAAAAAGAAAAAACAAAAACAUGGAUUACGGCUGCCUGCUGUUCCUCUUCUGUUGCUCUUUAAUUGAUAUGCAGAGCAUUUCGGCGCUACUAGUUACGGAUAUCAGUGUGCCGGAAAUCGUUGAUUUCAGAGAUAAUGUUACGCUCUCCUGCAGCUACGAUAUGAAGGGACACACAUUAAACUCGGUUAAAUGGUACAAGGAUCGCUUGGAGUUUUUCAGAUACACACCGUUAAUGCGACCGGUUUAUCUCACAUUUCCCGUGGCUGGCAUUCAAGUGCUCGAUGGCAAGUACUUUUGCAACGAGUCCACAUGCCGUGUGGAUCUCAGUCUACUCGGAGCCAAGUCGACGGGCACCUUCAAGUGCGAGGUGAGUGGCGAUGCGCCGCACUUUAAGCUGGCUGCGAGGGAGGACAACAUGACAGUGGCAGCCUUGCCACAAAGCGACCCUCUAAUCGAGAGCUUCAACUCCAUGUAUCGCAUGGAGGAGUUUCUCAGUGCCACCUGCUCAUCGGACUACUCGAGUUUACCCACAAAGCUCUCUUGGUACAUCAAUGGCGAGCAGCCAAUGCUUGGGGAACUGCAGCCGAGCAUUGAUACGAGCAUACCAGCCCACGAUUAUAUAUUGCGUCGACAGCGACUCCAGGUGCAUUUCUAUCUGCAGGGACAACGCUUCUACCAGACCGAUAAUAUACUGCGGCUUAAGUGCGUGGCGGAAAUUGAGAACUAUCCGGAACUGCGUCGCGAGAUGACGCUUAGUGCGGCCCUCACGCCAUUCGAUAAUUUGAAUAAUCUGAUGCUGAAGCAUUCCAUAAGCGCUGCAAGUGCACAAAGGAGCUGCCAUUUAGCAGGGACAUGUCUAAUAUCCGGUUUCUUUGCGUUAAUUCUGCUCACAAAAUGCUUGCAACGCCAAUCAUGAGCAUCCACAACAGCCAUGGAAAUGCCACAGCUCGGGUCUCAAUCUCAAUCUCAGUCUCAGCAGGCGGCAACUGCAAUGAGAGCGGCAACUUUGGCAAAUAUAUCAACACAUUAGUUAGUUAGUUAGGUUAAGCAUGGUGGAAGCUGGCUAAUGGUAAGACAACGGGUUGCCAAUGGCAAGGAGGAGGUGGAAGGGGCGGGUUUAAGUUGUCACUUGUAAAUAGUUAUGGUAAAGACGGUGCAGCAAUGGAGAAGCAGAUACUAUGAUUUCAUUUCAAAAGUGCGCUCAACGUGCACAAUAAAUACAAAUAUAAUAUAUAUAUAAUUCUAAUUAUACUAAGUGAAUAUUAGGGAUUAAGACGGAACUGGCAAUGAAGUCCCCUUUAGGCAUUUUUCGUUGCAAACGUAAUUCAUUCAUCUUUGUUGAAUCGUAUUCGUAUACAGGGUUAUGCCAGAAAUGAUUAAAAGAGUACUAAGUAAAUUAACAAUUAAAUUAAAUUUGUUUUUAUGCAUACGUAUAUAAAGUUUAUUAAAGAUAUUAUUUAAAUCCACAAAACUGCAUUAUAAUCGAUUUAAUUUGUUAUUGUUGAUAAGCUGCAUUUGUUAGAUUUUUAUAUGCUUAACACUUAAAGCUAUGGAUAUACAAAAUGUGGGCAUUGUCGAGCAUUUGCUUCUCAGGGAAGCCAAAUAAAUUGAUUGCAUGUCCUUAAUUCAAUUAUGAAAUCAAACACACAUAAAUGCAAAUACUCGUACAGAAUAAUAAGUAAUACAAAUACAAUUAAACUGCACUCGAUAACAAGCAAGCAAGUGAUGAUGAUGAUGGGAUGCUGAAGGUGGGUUCAACUCAACUUGCUUGUUAAUCUAGCCAUGAUAAGCCAACACUCAAGCAAACACGAAUUUUUAAUGUACAUGUAAACAUUUUCAAAAUUAAAUAAUAACACACAUUUUUGCGCACAUGAAACCCUUUUCGCAACUAAAAACCACUAAAGAAAACCAAAAAAAAAAAAAAAAAACAAGUACGACAUCAAAUGUUAUCU